AUGGCCAGAACCAAGCAGACCGCCCGUAAGUCCACCGGAGGCAAAGCCCCCCGGAAACAGCUCGCCACCAAGGCCGCCCGUAAGAGCGCCCCGGCCACCGGCGGCGUGAAGAAGCCCCACCGUUACCGGCCCGGCACCGUGGCUCUGCGGGAGAUCCGCCGCUACCAGAAGUCCACCGAACUGCUGAUCCGCAAGCUGCCCUUCCAGCGCCUGGUGAGGGAAAUCGCGCAGGACUUCAAGACCGACCUGCGCUUCCAGAGCUCCGCCGUCAUGGCUCUGCAGGAGGCCAGCGAGGCCUACCUGGUGGGGCUGUUCGAGGACACCAACCUGUGCGCCAUCCACGCCAAGAGGGUCACCAUCAUGCCCAAAGACAUCCAGCUGGCCCGCCGCAUCCGCGGGGAGAGGGCCUAA